UGGAGACUUUGAUUAUAAAUAAUUUAACAUUUCUACAUAGACUUCUUGGCAAAUCUUACAGUUAAUCAUCAUACUCAUGGAAACUCAUUUGCUAAUUGCACAAUUUAUCAUGAACGGAAAAGGCUACUGCCCAUUCUAUUUCUUCCUACUUUAUAAAGUGUGGACAACUUUUCUUUCAAUAAUUCUAAAAGUUUUUCCCUUCAGAUUCCACAAGAUAGCUAUGGAGGCUGUGAAAAAUUAAAUCUUCAAGUUCAAGAUACACUUGUAAAUUCUAUCACAUGACAGCAACUGCAUGCAUAUUCAUGAAUCACAAAGAGAUUUUCCCUUACUGAGCAAAGUAAUUGCCGCUAUUUAGGUUUGAGAAUCCUUUAUCAGCCAUAUCAUUUCGACUUCUCUGUUUUCUAAGUAAACUUCCCAUUUUCUGCUCUGCAAAUGUCUCAAAUUCAUGAUAAAUCUCCCAAACACUGUGCCAAGCAAGGACUCGACUUCAAGAAAUUCAACAAGAAGCUCUUUGUUGCUUUCUCUACAUUUCUGCUUACAGUUUUAUCAUUCAUCUUGCUAGUUUGGCUCAUCUUACACCCCACAAAGCCGAAUUUUUCUCUCAAAGAGGUUGAAAUCAAUCAACUCAAACUGUCAGGCCCCUCCCUUCUCAACUCUUCAGUCCAGCUCACUCUCCUGUCCAACAAUCCAAACAAGAAAGUCGGAAUUUAUUAUGAUGAGAUACAAGUAUGUGCAUCUUACAAGAGUCAAAAAAUUACACACGAUACUUCUAUCCCUCCUUUUCACCAAGAGCACGAAGAAACCAAUUACCUGAGUGCAUCUCUGGUUGGAAAUCAGCAACCUGUGGCUCCGUCCUUCGGCUAUGAUGUCAGGCUUGAUCAGAGAACUGGAAAACUGAUGUUGACUGUCAAGGUAAUCGGAAAACUUCGAUGGAAGGUCGGGACUUGGGUUUCCGAGAAGUAUAGGUUCAACGUAAACUGUGUAGCUAUCAUGCCAUUUGGACCUAUACCAUCACCUCCCCUAAGUUCCAAACAGGGGACACAAUGUUCAACUACCAUUUGAAUUUUCUCAAAACAACCAAAAGGAUUUCAGAAGUGCUUAUCUGUAAAUAGCUUAAUUGCAUAAUUUCCACACAUUCAAAAAGGAGCUGCACUCAAUACCCAAAUUGGAGAAACCUUUAUGUUCAGUCUUUGUUCCAGAAUCUCUAUAUGAAUAUUGUCUUGAAUUAA